AUGCCGGUCGAAGUACAUCACUCCCCCCCUCCUCUACACCACCCAAGCUCAGGCAAUGCUCGACCUAAAGGCAUCCUAAAAAAUCCCUCCUUCUCAUCAGCCAGCGGAAGACCGGAUUCGGGUUCCCCCACCAAGGAGGACCCUCCCCUUCCACCAUCAGCUAGUCUGAAUCCACAGGAAGAACGAGAGCUGGUUCUCCAAAACACCCUACAAAAUGCAGGCCACCGCCGUUCUUCAUCUGCCGCUCGAAGAGCUUCCGCCUCUCGACGGCAUUCUUCUGUCGUAGCCGCCAAUCAGGACGAUGAUCCGGACAAAAUGCGAUUGAAGUGGGAUGAGGCCAAUCUCUACCUGGCGGAACAAGAAUCAGGUGGACGCAUGAAAAUCACAGAACCCAAGACUCCCUUCCAAUAUGGUGAUGCCAUGGAGGAUGUAGAAGAAGACGUCGCAAUUGAUCCUCGUUACGUUAAUGUCGAUGAGGUGGAUCUUGCCAAGAACAAACCAGAAAAGAGGUCUCGUGAAUCCGAUAUUCCUGGCCUUGAAUUGGGUGAGCCUGAGGAGGAUCUGAGCAGUGGAACCGGUGUCGAAAACGAUCGAAUUGUCCGAAGCACCAGUCUCUCCCGGGAAAGCAGCAAGGAGAAACACGUUAGUGUCAGUGAAGGUAGCGAUGGAACCGCUCCUGACGAGCAGGUGGGAAUGCCAACCAAUGAAGAUCAAGAAAAGCAUAGGGAGUUUGAAGAGCACCGCAAGAAGCAUUAUGAAAUGAGGGAUAUUAAAAGCCUUCUUGGGCAUCCUGAAAAAAUGGACGUCGAAGAUGAGGACGACGAACCGCCCGUCCCAAAGACCUUACCCGAACGCUCUGUCAAUGGUACUCGUUAA